AUGGCUACUAAGGUCCUGGGGCAGGUCCCCUCUCUCUUUCCCCACGUCAAGCCAGAUUGGUGGAAGGAAGCAUAUAACUACGUCUACCUCUGGGCAGACGGAGACUGUGUCGAGGAUCCCGCCAUCACAGAGGCAGAAUGUCGGGUCUUACUCCAGAUUCCCCGCGUGCGGAAUCUGCUUGUCUACCCUCGCCUUGCCACCUCGUCACCAUUGCGCGUGCUAGACCUAUGUUGCGGACAGGGCCGGCACACAAUCAAUCUAGCAAAGCGACUCUCAUCCGUCCAAUUUACGGGGGUCGAUCACAGCGAGUAUCUGAUAAGCCUUGCGCAGAAGCGGGCACAAGAAAUCCAAGACGCAGAGGAUCGCAGCUGCAACAUCCAAUUCCAGGUAGGAGAUGCACGCCAAAUUCCGGCUGGAGAUGGAGAGUAUGACCUGGUGGUCCUGUUGGGCAAUUCAUUCGGCCAUGGGUCCUAUGAGGACGAUUUGCAGAUGCUGCGUGAGACGUACCGAGUCCUGAAGCCGGGAGGCGUCUUCGUGCUUGACUGUGUUGACGGAGGUUGGAUGCGCGAGAACUCCACGUCUAGCGGGUGGGAAUGGCUUGACCCCGAUACUCAUUUCAUCUCGGACCAGGAAGCCCGUGGGAAGCAGCUCGUUGUGCUCCGCGAGAGAGAGCUGUCAGCCGAUGGCCGCCGUCUCGCGAAUCGGGAGAUCGUGAUCGAUCUCCAGGGCCCCGCGGUGCACCAGGACUUGUUCUAUGCGGUGCAAUUGUAUGAUAUGCACGAGAUGGAGGCGCUUCUUCGCAGGGCAGGGCUAUGCAAGCAGAGCUACGAGAGCUCGCCAAUUACGGCACCCAAUAGUAACAGCAGCAGCCAGAGGGCUGGUGAUCUGGGAAUGAUGGAACACCGACAGCUCCUCGUUGCGGUGAAACCCGAUCCUCUUGAUCCGCAGGAUGCGGACACGUAUAUCCAUCCCUCAGCAGUUCAGGAUUACGAUCCGCAAAAGGGAAGACUGGUGCGCGUUACUGCGCCUGUACCGGCAGGGACGGUGAUCAUGGCUGAUGCACCCUACGCACUCGUCCCGGCUGUUCCGCCUGCAAGCAAUGAUGCGCUUAUCUGCAGCAAUCUGCGCUGCCGUUGGCGGAUACCGCGCGAUUCGUCCACAUGUAUUCGUUGUCCGAACAAUUGUUUCCAAGACGUGAUCUGGUGCGAUGACCAUUGCAAGGCUACUGGCCAGGCACACCAUGAUUUUGAAUGCGCCUGGUUGAAGGAGCACGGCAACCAGAUCCGCCAGGAAGAAGGCGAAGACGAGCUUGCCAUGUUAUGGGUAAUCAUGCGCAUGCUCGCGGGCCGCCGGAUCGAGUCGGAUCUAAUACGCAGAUCCACAAUCGGAGAGGAUUCAAGUCCGUACCUUUGGAGUGACAGGUUCAAGCGCGGCUUCCAAGCAAUGAAGGAUAUGCGCGGCAAUCAGGAGGCCUGGCCGGACGAGAGGAUCGCCCGCUGGAAAGAUCUAAUCCAGAUAUAUCUCCAUGACCGGCUUUCGGGUGUCGCCAACGACGAAGAGCUGCUUUCACUAAUCUGCAAAGAAGAAUCGAACUCAUUUGGCCUGUAUCAUGGCGCCACGGGACCGCCGGACAGCCUGCAGGGCCAGCAGCGUGGCCCUCAGUAUGGACUUGCCUGCUAUCCGCGGGCGACGCUCUGUAAUCAUUCUUGCGUGCCGAAUCUUAAACACGGCCCUGACGAGCAGAGCCGAAUGGUCCUAACAGCUACACGAGAUAUCGCGGCAGGUGAAGAAUGCUGUAUUUCGUACUUCGACCUCACGGUUCACGUUGAUCUUAAUGCCAGACGAAAGAGAACGAGGGAACUAUUCACCUUUUCCUGCACCUGCGAGCGGUGCUUGCGUGAAGAGGCCAAGGCCUGA